AUGAUCAAAGCACCCAAAGGUAUAUACGAUUGGGAGCAGUUGCACUUCAUACAAACCAGCUUCCAACACCGCGACCACAACCCUAUACCCAUAAUACUCACCAAUAAGACCAAGAGCUCCCAACUCAUCCUCCUCACUGGUGCCUCGGGUUUCGUUGCCGCCCACGUCCUCAACAGCCUCCUGCAACAUGGCUAUAAAGUCCGUGGCACUGUUCGUAGCGAGGCCACUGCCGACAAGGUCCGCAAGACACACUCCCACCUUCUAAAUGGCGUCGACAGCCGCCUCACCUUCUCAAUCGUACACGACGUCGCCGCCCCCGGAGCCUUUGACGAAGCCGUUAAAGGCGUUGAUGGCGUCAUUCACACCGCAUCCCCCUUCGUCAUGCAAGUCGAGGAUAAUGAGCGCGAUCUCCUCGACCCUGCCAUCAAGGGCACAACAUCAAUACUACAAGCCGUCGAGAAGUACGCACCCCAAGUCAAGCGUAUCGUCAUUACCUCCUCCUUUGCGGCCAUCGUCGACCCAACCCAAGGCGCUCGGCCAGGUUAUACCUACAGCGAAAAAGACUGGAACCCAGUCACAUACGAACAGGCAAAGAGUGGAGAUGGCUCAACGGCAUACUGCGCGAGCAAGACUUUUGCGGAGAAGGCUGCCUGGGAUUUCGUCAAGGACAAGAAGCCCAACUUUGAUGUUGCGACCAUCUGCCCACCUAUGAUCUAUGGUCCCCUUGACCAUGAUGCGAGUCUGGAUCACUUGAACACAAGCAGUGCGGAUAUCUACCGGAUGAUGAAUGGCAGUCAGAAAGAGCCCGGACCUACAGCCUUCCCUGCCUUCGCGGACGUUCGUGACGUCGGAGAGGCCCACGUCAAGGCCUAUGAGAACCCACAGGGUAGCCGCUAUUUCAUCACAACCGGCAACUUCCAAUAUCCAGACGUCUGCGAGAUCAUCAGGAAGGCCUUGCCUUCCUACGCCUCGAAGGUGCCAGAACCUUCGUUGACAGAAAAGGUAGAGACAUUCAAGGUCAACAACGAACACGCAAGGACGGAUUUGGGCAUGCACUUCACCCCGCUCGAUCAGACCAUCAGCGAUACUGCCAAGAGCCUGGCGAGACUUCACGAGGCGAAGGCUUGA